AGCACGCGCACGCACGACUCUGACAGAGGGUUUCGCCAUUUUGAAUAGAAACAUAUGAACGAUUUUUAUUUUCCGUUCCCUUUGCAUGAGAUUACUCUUCUUGGUGCUGCACAGCACAAUAAUUGUUUAAAAACAACUUUGGGGCGCACGAUGGCUCUCGCUCUGAACAGAUAGUUAAGAAUAAAACGGUCUCGUUUCAGAAAGUGCACGCGCGGGGCAGCAGCAGCGCCACCACUGCACGAGCCUGACCAGCACUAACCAACAACCAGAACCAGCAGCCCGUCUACAGACACUCACAGCGGGGUGUCAGUUCUUCUGAGGCUUGAAUUUGAGGAGGGCCUGCUGGGAAGUUGACCUCAUGCAGAUUAAUGCUAGGUCAUUCUGUGCUGUCUGCAUUCUACCACUCAAAUGCCUAUCUGCCUGUGGAAGAGGUGUAACUAAGGAUUCACACAUUUCAUCAGCUGGUCUGUGCUUCCUGCAACAGCCACCGCCAUCAUGUUCUGGAAGUUUGACUUGAACAACACCUCCCAUAUCGACCAGCUGCUGGAUCGGGAGGAUGUGACUCUGAGAGAGUUGAUGGAAGAGGAGGAUGUCCUGCAGGAGUGCAAAGCACAGAAUCGCAAGCUCUUGCUCUUCCUCUCCAAGGAUCACUGUAUGCAGGAGCUGGUUACCCUCAUCACAGAGGAGCCCCCUGCUGAUCUGGAGGAAAAAACACGCUUUAAGUUGCCAAAUAUUGCCUGUGAGCUCCUGACUUCUGAUGUGGCGCUUAUCAAUGAUAAGCUGGGUGGAGAUGAAUCCCUUUUGGAGAAGCUCUACCACUUUCUGGAGCAGGAGCCACCCCUUAAUCCCCUGCUGGCCUCCUUCUUCAGCAAGACCAUCGGCAACUUGAUUGCACGUAAAACAGACCAGGUAAUCUCUUUCCUAAGGAAAAAACACAACUUUAUCAGUCUGGUGCUGAAUCACAUUGAUGCCUCGGCCAUGAUGGACCUAUUGCUGCGCCUCAUCAGCUGUGUAGAGCCUGCACCCUUAAGAAUGGAUGUUCUCAAUUGGCUAAAUGAGGAGAGGCUCAUCCAGAGACUCACAGAGCUCAUGCACACAGGGAGAGAUGAAGAGAGACAAUCGAAUGCAUCCCAAACUCUUUGUGACAUCAUCCGUCUCAGUCGAGACCAGGCAAACCAGCUGUCAGAGGUCACAGAACCAGACCCCUUACUCACUGUCUUGGAGUCACAAGAGAAUGUUGCAGAGCUUUUGAAGAACAUGUUUGAAGGGGAGAGGACCGAAGCAUCUGUCGUCAAUGGAACGCAAGUGCUUCUUACGUUACUGGAGUCACGGAGGUCAGGGCUGGAGGGUCUGAUGGACCUGUAUUCUCAGGGAUGUGAAAGGUCUUACACUGUCAACAGCAGUAUUUUACGUGCUAUUGAGCCUCAUCUAAAGGACUUCCAACAGCUCCUACUGAACCCUCCUAUGAGAAGUGCAAUACUCACUACGGUGGGCAUACUGGAGCAGCCCCUGGGGAGUGCCCGCCUUCAUGUGGCCAGACUGGUGGCUUCUCUGCUGCAGACUUGCGACUUCAGCAUCUGCCAAGAGAUCUGCAGACUCAACACCAUGGACCUGCUGUUGGAUUUAUUCUUUAAAUACACCUGGAAUAAUUUCUUGCACUUGCAAGUGGAGCUGUGUGUAGCAUCCAUCAUGAACCACUCUGACCACACGGACCUCCAAAACCCAGGCCUUCAAAACCGCGAGGAGAGGCCAGUUAUGAACCCAGGAAGCCAGGCGGAGGAGGGAACACCUGGGCAAAACAGCACCUCAGACCCAUCAACCACACCAAUUCAAGAUGCUCUUGUUGCCAAUCUCUUCCAGCAUUGCCGUCUGGUGCAAAGGAUUCUAGAUGCCUGGGAAGAAAAUGAAAAAAUCCAGGCUGAAGGGGGCAGACGGAGGGGAAACAUGGGUCACUUGACAAGAAUUGCAAACACUGUGGUUCAGAACCUGGAGAAAGGGCUGGCUCACUCCCAAAUUAAUGAUUUAAUUAAAGAGCUGCCUGAGGACUGCAGAGGUCGCUGGGAGAGUUUUGUGGGUGAGACGCUAAGAGAGACCAACAGGAGAAACACAGUGGAUUUGGUGAGCACCCAUAACUUGCACUCAUCUAGUGAAGAUGAUGACAUGGAGAGUCCAUUCCCCAAUGAUCUCUCCAUCCAGCAGGCUUUCUCAGAUUACCAGAUUCAGCAGAUGACUGCCAACUUUGUGGAUCAGUUUGGCUUCAAUGAUGAGGAGUUCAGUGAACAUGAUGAAAACAUCAAUGCUGCGUUUGAUCGAAUUGCUGAAAUAAACUUCAAUAUAGAUGCAGAUGAUCAUAGUGCCAAUGCUGCUGCUUUUGAGGCAUGUUGUAAAGAGAGAAUCCAGCAGUUUGAUGACUGUGAGGAAGAGGAGGAUAUCUGGGACGAAAAAGAAAUCAACUAUGCAACGCAAGUCAAAUCCAGAACAAGGUUUGGCGUGUCUCUUUCUUCAGACAGCUCACCCAAGAGUGCUGUAAAGAAUGGGGGUGGAGGCCGCGGGUCGGCCUCUGAGGAAGAGGAUGUUGAGGAAGAGUCCAGUCCUCCCUCCACACCCACAGCAGACGGCAGGACUCCAGAGUCCCUGCAAAACCCAGGUUGGACGAUGAGUUUUGGCGAAACAGAGGAAAGCUCGUCUAGUGGCUGGGGUGCCUCCCCUCAGCAAGGCGGCGAGGGCCAGCAGGAGACAGGAUGGGCAACCUUCACAGAGUUCCAGCCUUUCAGCAGCACAGAGUCCAGGCAAACUGAUGGGCAACCUCAGCAAGGCCAAGAGAAGAGCUCUGCCGGUGGUGGUUCAGCUACAGGAGCGGGGGAGGCAAAUCCUGAGCAGAAAGCUCCACUGGUGGCUUCAGAAAGCAGCUCGUCUGGAGGCUCAGACAGUGAAGAGGACCCUGGAGAGAAUAAGGGCUCCUCUAAAACAGCUGCCAGCCAGACAACUCCACCCACGAGCGAGGUGUCUACUGAAGCUCUGGAGAAGCUCAGCAUCAAUGACAGAGCUGAUAGCAGCGAGUCUUCGGCACGUACAGAAGAUUCAGACACCACUGUGAUGGAGACGAGAGUUGAGGCGCCGCCUUCAGCUGAGAUCACACCUAAUGGACCGGUCUGAAAGCUCUGGAUAAAAGUCAAAUUUAAAGGCGGGCCGACCCACUCUCCGCCUCUUCCAUUCUGAACCCCCAAACCUCAAUACCACUUUUGGUGUUUAAAUAAAGAAUGCUGCCAUGUUAUUGCUCCUGGAUACUGCCAAUCAGCCCAUCAUUGGAGGAAGAACCGAGGGGCAUGUAACACAAACCAGUAACCAGUACAGUGCUCAGAGGUGUUAGUCUUUUAACCCUUUCAACUUUGUAUGAGAUAUGCACAGUUUUAAAUGUAGCAGUGACCGUGUGAUUACAGGAUCUGUCAGGAUUUAUUUUUUUCUUUGUUUGUCUGCCUCCCUUUUUUCUGGAUUAUUUUUCGCUCGUAGCCUUGGAUGGUAGAAAACAGGGAUGUGAAGUCCCUAUUUGGAAAGCACAGGCUCAUCCUUCAUGGCAUAACAUAAUUACAUCCUCAUGCAAAAUCAAAAACCUUGUCGCCUGACACUCACAUCUGUAACACUUUACUAUAUUUUGAAGCACAAUUGAAGUGUGCCAUAUUGCUUGACUUUUUUGCACCGGUCACCACCAUGCCAAGGUUUUUUUUAUUUUUAUGGAUUAUUAUGGCCUAAUCUCAUGAAAUCAUGUAUUAGAAUUUUCUGAAGUGCUUUGGGGAGGUUGAAGAAAAUUUUCAAGUUCGAGUUGAUAUUUCAGCUCAAAGAUGGUGUCAAUGUUGGCACUUGUGCAAUAACGUUUAGCCAUUUAAUUUACAUUUCGGACUCAUUCGGAAACUAUAUGUUAAAGGUGGGUGUGUGCCUAUUUGAAUUAUUCUGGCUCUUGUUUUCCAUUGCAUGCAAAACGUUAUUUAUCAAGCAUAUACAAGCAACUGGUGUCCCGACAACGUUUAACUCGUUAGUCAAGACCUUCUGAUUGUAUUGAAUUGCAUUCGUCCAAUUUUUUUUCUCCCCUCAGAUCAACCAAACAGUAUCUACCUAGUUAUAUUUCUAGUCUAUUUUGUGCUUAACAUUAAGCUUUUCCAAAACAGAAUCAUGGGUUUAAAGCUAAAAUCAUAAUAACCUUUGCCUUAAGUUACGAAUCCUUCAAAAUCCCUGUAAGAGGACAGAAGGGUUUGCCUCUAAAAAUCAAACAGGCUUUUUUGUCUUUUUUUAAUUGUCAGUGGGUCAUAAAAUAACUGCUCCCAUAAUGUUACUCUUGUCUCUAUUAAGCACAGACAUGGCACACAUCUUUUACAGAGGCCAAGAAAUUUUGUCCCAACACCCUAUGAAAUGCUCCACAGGACAGUGUUAUGCAUCAUCAGACUAUUUUUUUAGAACUCUCUCUAUAUGCUGUCAGAAAAAGAUUUUAAACUAGUCUCAGAACUUUCCGGUAGCUUGUGUGGAAAUACCAAGAUCCACCUCUUGUAUUAUUUCAUCUUGAACAUCAUGUGAUUUAUUUUCCUACAGGAUUUUCUUACCACAUCUGUUCUCAUGUAUCAUAUCUCUACAAUCUUAAAAUGGUACCAAAUCUGUUGGAUUACAGGAUUGGGAUGUUCCAUUAUUUAUUUUGCACUUAUUGAGGUGUUAGUGUGGAGACCCAGUCUCCCAUCAUGCAUUGGAACACCAUGAGUUUCUGCUCUUCAAGGUCUUUCUGCCUCUGGAGUGUCAGUCCUCCGUUGACUGCUUCUUCUAUCCGUGACAUUUUCAAAUAGGUUUGUUUCCAAAGCCAAAAGUAUAUACAGUUGAAGUCAGAGGUUUACAUACACUUGAGCCAAAUACAUUUAAACUCAGUUUUUCAUAAUUCCUGACGUUUAAUCAUAUUAAUUAAUUUAAUUUAAACAUUCCCUGUCUUAGGUCAGUUAGGAUCACUAUUAUAAGAAUGUGAAAUAUCAGAAUAAUAGAGCGAAUUAUUUAUUUCAGCUUUUAUUUCUUUCAUCACUUUCCCAGUGGGUCUGAAGUUUACAUACACUUUGUUAUUAUUUGGUAGCAUUGCCUUUAUUUUACUUUGUUUAACUUGGGUCAAAUGUUUUGGGUAGCCUUCCACAAGCUUCUCACAAUAAGUUGCUGUAAUUUUGGCCAAUUCCUCCAGACAGAACUGGUGUAACUGAGUCAGGUUUGUAGGCCUCCUUGCUCGCACAUGCUUUUUUUUUUUUUGUUCUGCCCACAAAUGUUCUAUCAGAUUGAGGUCAGGGCUUUGUGAUGGCCACUUCAAUACCUUGACUUUGUCCUUAAGCCAUUUUGCCACAACUUUGGAGGUAUGCUUGGGGUCAUUGUCCAUUUGGUAGACACAUUUGCAACCAAGAUUUGACUUCCUGGCUGAUGUCUUGAGAUCUUGCUUCAAUAUAUCCACAAAAUUUCCCUUCCACAUGAUGCCAUCUAUUUUGUGAAGUGCACCAGUCCCUCCUGCAGCAAAGCACCCCCAGCAACGUGAUGCUGCCAUGUUUUAAUGACUUAAACCUAUGUGUAUGUAAACUUCUGACUUCAACUGUAUUAGCUUUUUUUUUUUUUUUACUGUUUCUAAAAUCUUAUUUUUAACUUUAAUCAAUAUUAUUUUACAAAUUGUAGAGAUUCUAAUUUAUGUGAUCUUCAGCAACCAAAAUAUGUCUCUGUUCAAUUCUGUUCCUGUGUCUGGACUUUUUCUGUACAUGAUGCAUUCACAGAUGAGUCUCAGUUAUACAGCUGCAAGGUCAAGCAGAUGAUGGUUCAACCAUUUCCAAAAAACAUUUUCCAUUCGUUUCGAUUUCAUAAAAUAUAUGGUGCACUUAGUGCUAAUAUUUGGUGGAGAAAAAGGCUUCAUUUCAGCCCCGUAGAAACUCAUGUAUAAAGUUUAACCCUAUAGAUCACACUUGAGAGGUUUAUUUGUUGGAAAUAUUGGCACUCAAUUCUUAGUUGCUGCAAACCAAUGAAUUUAUGAAAUUCUCUACAACAGGUCAAUGGAUUUUUUUUAGACUUAAUAUUGGUGAAAUACAAUCACUGAGCACUUUAUUAGGAACACUAUGGUCCUAAUAAAGUACCCACUAUGGUAUUCUACUGUUGUAGCCCAUCUGCCUCAAGGUUCGACAAGUGCAUUCUGAGAUGCUAUUCUGCUCACUACAAUUGUACAGAGUGAUUAUCUGAGUUACUGUAGCCUUUCUGUCAGCUCUAACCAGUCUGUCCAUUCUCUGUUGACCUCUCUCAUCAACUAGGUGUUUCCAACCUCAGAACUGCCGCUUACUGGAUGUUUUUUGUUUUUGGCACCAUUAUCAGUAAACUAGAGACUGUUGUGCCAGUUCCAGGUAUACUUAAACCGGACCGUCUGGAAGCAACAAUCAUGCCAUGGUCGAGAUCACAUUUUUCCCCAUUCUGAUGGUUGCUGUGAGCAUUAACUAAAGGUCCUGACCUUUAUCUGCAUGAUUUUGUGCAUUGCACUUAGCUGAUUACAUAAUCACAUGAAUAAGUAGGUGUACAGGUGUUCCUAAUAAAGUUCUCAGUGAGAAUAUGUAAUGAUGACAUAAGGGUGCAACCUGCAGGUAACGAAUUAAGCUCUUUAAGGUAUAAUUCGCCCAAAAUUAAAAUUCUGAAAUCAUUCACUCGCUCUCGUAUCAUUUUAAACAUGGCAUGUAGUGAAACAAUGACCGUUUGAGGCGGCGGGUUUAAAUAUAUGCUUUAGUCAAUGUUAAUGUUAUUUGAGAGAAACGACGUGGCAAGUUUUCAGCAAAUAACUUUAAUUUUGGUCUAUUCCUCACACAAAGCUAUCGGAUUUCUGUGAACUUAUCACAAGUUACCUUGUAAAACUCAAGGAACAUUUAUGUUGUUAUUUUGGAGCUAGACAGUUCCAAUAAAUACCCCUUUUUUUUUUCAUUAGAUAGAACAAAGUCGUGGACAUUCUGCUAAAUAUCUCAUUUUGUUACUCAGAAGAAGAAAGUCAUACAGGUUGCAAAUUAUUUUUGUACCAUCUUUAAGAACAGUUCAAAGCACACUGGUUGUACAUUUUAUAGAGCAUCCAAAAAUUGAGACAGGAGAGAUAUAUUUUUCCAUUGUUACUGGUUAGAAUUCAUCAAUGAUGGCAUAAUAAUAUGGUUUUCAGCCUAACACGUUAACAUAGACUGGGUCUGUACAUUAUAAUGUUGCCUCAAUACCAUCAGUACUUUUUUCACAAUUGAAUAAAUCUGUUAUAGAGAAAAAAUGUUUUUAGUGGUUAAGGUGACAGCAGGGCAUUUAUAAAAUGGGUGACUCAGUUCAACGUUCUUUUCAUAGCUUGCGUAGCUGUGCACUUUUGAACGUCUUUCUUGAUAUUAUGUACAU